AUGGUUACUUCUACAAUAUUCCUGGCCCGUUAUAAGCUUAGGUUUUUGAAAUUGCCAAUUAAUGUAGCUGAGUUAUCCCAUAACAUUUACUCUCCAACAUCAUUUAAAGUAGAGUAUAAACGCACCAGUGCUAGUUCAGUGAUGUUUCAACGACAAGUUCGAUUUCAAGUUGAUAUAAGUGAAAUAUCAAGACAAAGUUCUGAAUUAUUGUUUGCUAUUACAUUUACGCUACUUAACGGGAGUAUUCGACGAUUUAGAAGAAUAUGUGAACAUAUACAAUCUCAAGUCUGCAGUAAAACUUCCAUUCCACGUUUAGAAACACCUUUUUCGGAAACUUCAGAGAGCUCUCAAAUACUCAGAAAACACUCACUAGAGUUUAGUGAAAGUUCCAGUUAUGAUAGUAAUGCAAGCGGAAUUUCAUUGACUACUUCCAACGCAAGUACAAAAGAGAUUGGAUCCAGCCCUGAGCAAGAGUUGAGAGCUUCAGAAACUCACAUUCAAUGCAAACAACUAGAGAGCUCAUGCCUAUCGGAAAUAGUAAACAGUUACAAAUUAAAUAGCAGUACAUCAAAUGCAUGUCGAGAAGUUGUGAACUCUAAGCAUACAAAAAACCAAAGUGACGGAGUGUAA